ACCAGCGCCUCGGCAAUGCCCGCGCCGCUGCCCGCGUCGGCUCAGGACAGCGCCGGCUCGCUCGCGUUCCCAAAGGAGCACGUCUCUGCGAAGGGUGGAAAGCCCCGUAGGGCAGGGACCCCCCUCAGCCGCCCCGCGCUGCCUUUUCCUCGAUGGCCCAACCAUGGCCGGCCACGCUGCCCUCUCUUCCCUGCCUGCAGCGUGCGUGGGCAGGGCAGGGUGCUGGGCCCCCCCCUCGCCAGCUGCCUGGGCACGCUUCCGCUUCGCCCCAGGGCGGCCCCGGGUUUCGGCGCUGCGGUUUGCCCGCGUGGUUGGAGCCCACGGGGUGGGUGCUGGGGGGUGCCCCGACAGCGGGGCCGAGGCCACGGAGCCACCUCUAACCUGGACCUCGAGAGCAAGAAAGCUGCCCACACCAAGCUGUCAUGGCAGCAGCCGGUGAACGUCUUUCUGGCAGCCGGGCGCCCGCCAGGCAUGGAGCAGCUGCACCAGGAGGCCCAGCUCAACCUCCAGAGCUUGCUGCAAGAGGAGUAUGAGGAGCAGUACGCCGAGAGCAGGGUCACCGGGCAGACCUUCCGUGCCGCCAGUCACCUGCCCCCCGACACCCCCUCCGAGCCGUCUCCCCGACCCCCGCCUGCCAAACGCCUUGAGUUCGUGCUUAUGCCCCCGAGCCGGCGAGCAACCGAAGAGGAGAUCGCCAGCACGACUGCGCUUGGUGCUCGGCCGCCCGACGCCUCCCUGAGCCUCCCCACCAGCCCGGACAAGCAGCCAGCCUGGACCAGGGCCUUCCCCCUGCCCACCGUGGAGGAGAAGCAGUGGCACCAGUCCUGCUCCAUCCAAACCAACAUCGUCCCCAUCAAUGUCUCGGGGCAGCACUUUGCUAGGCACGCGAGUGCUCGUCACUCCCUGUUUAACACAGAGACCGCGAUGAACCCCAAGUCCACCCUGCGGCGUAGACGGACCAUUAUCGGAUUCCCUAACCUGUCCCUGCGAGACCAAGGCAGCGCCAACGGCCCCACGUUCAACGCGCGCGCGCCCAUCGCCGAGUCCCUCUCCUGCAGCUUCGUGCCCGAGGCCGCGAGCGGGGGGAAGGCGCCCCAGGAGAUCAGCCCCCGCCAGCCCCUCUCUGCCCCGCUGAGGAAGACCUUCAGCGACCUCGGGGCCCGCUGCUGCCAGCCGCCCGCCGCCGUGGACGGUGCGGCCACCCCCUCCGCCAGCGCCUGCAACGGGCCGCAGGGCACCCCCUUCCCCGCGCCCUGGAGCACCCUGGGCUACGCCAGCCCCCCCAGCCCCGCCGCCGGCCAGGGCAAGGGGCCCGCCUGCACCUCGCCGGGCGGCUCCAGCCCCUCGCCCAGCCCGGGCUCGCCCGCCGCCGCCGCCUCCUUCUUCAUUGCCAUGGAGGAGCGCGUGGGCAGCAACGGGCCCGGCUCCUUCUCCGGCACGGUGCCUGAGUCCCCCCCCACCUCCGGGGGUGGCCAGAGGUGCGAGGCCCGAGAAGCCAAGGUGAACUUCUCGCCGGGAAGCCAAGAGGAGCCGGAGCCGGCGGCGGAACCGGCGCGGCUGGAGGUGGAGCGGGCAGGGUGCCGGUUCCGCGAGCGGUCGCUGUCGGUUCCCACCGACUCGGGCUCCCUCUGCUCCGUGGACAUUGCGUACGCCGAGACCCGGCGGGGCAGCGCCAACUACGCCCUGGGCUACCCCAGCGCCAGCUCCGAGGGCAGCACCAGCACCGACAACGUCUCCCUGGGGCUGGAGCAGGAGGGCCAGCGGCGGCGGCGCUCCAAGAGCAUCUCCCUCAAGAAGGCGAAGAAGAAGCCUUCGCCACCCACGCGCAGCGUCUCUCUGAUUAAAGAGGGGCAGGAUGCUGCCCCGGGGCCCGGCUUGGCGCUGCCCAAGGAUCAGCGACCCAAGAGCCUCUGCAUCCCACCGGAGCCCCAGGGCCACCGGCUGGUGCACGCCGACCCCCAGGGGAGCGUGGGGAGGGAGCCCGACGGCACGGCCGCCCCCCACCAGUGGCACCUCACGGACUGGAAGGCCGGCGAUCCCUAUCGGUCCCUCUCCAGCUCGAGCACGGCCACGGGGACCACGGCCAUCGAGUGCGCCAAGGCACGGGGCAGCUCCGAGUCCCUCGCCUCCCCCUCCGUCUCCAGGGCCACGACGCCCUCCCAGCUCUCCGCCGAGGCAGACCUCAAGACCUCCUCCCCAGGCAGGCCCACGGGGCUGAUGUCUCCAUCCAGCGGGUACUCCAGCCAGUCGGAGACCCCGACCCCCACUGUCCCCACCUCCGCCAUCCUCGGGCACUCCCCGCACCAGGUGCGGGUGAGGCCGCUGGUCCCCGAGAGAAAGUCCUCGCUGCCCCCCACGUCCCCCAUGGAGAGGAGCCCCAAGUCCAGGCUGUCCUUCGACCUGCCGCUCACGCCACCCGCCCACCUCGACCUGUCGGGGCUGAAGAUCUCCCUGAAGGGGAAGACGAAGGUCAGCCGGCACCACUCCGACUCCACCUUCGGCACCAAGCUGGCCCAGAAGACCAGCCCCAUCGCGCCCAUCAUGCCGGUGGUCACGCAGUCCGACCUGCGCUCCGUCCGCCUCCGCUCCGUCAGCCGCUCGGAGCCGGAGGACAACGCCGACGGCCCGGAGCGUGCCGACGAGCCGGCGCGUGGUCCCUGCCCGGGGCCGGAGAGGAAGGUGAAGCCGCCCGUGGCAGAAAAGCCACCACUGGCCAAGCGGCCCCCGAGCAUCCUGCCCAAGCCCCCAGCUCUGCGGGAGGAGGGUCCGCUGUCCCCCACGUCCCCGCCGGGCGCUGCCGCCAAGGAGAAGGGGCUUCCACAGGACGGCUUCGUGGUGCUGCGGAAAGGGGAGCUGAGGAGGGGUCCGGGGGAGCUCCCCUCGCCCCUGACCCCGGCAGGACCCCGGCGGCUCUCGCAGGGCAGCCUGGAGGAUGAACCGCGGCCAGAGCGGAGCGGCGCCGGCGAGGGGGAGCGGAGGAAGGCCAAGGUGCCGCCACCGGUGCCCAAAAAACCCAGCGUGCUCUACCUGCCUCUCGCCCUGGCCCCGGCACAGCUGGGAGCCGGCAUGGGGGACCAGCCGCCCACCCCCAGCCCCAUCAUCACGCUGGAUGCCUACCCCACCUGCUGCAACCCCGACGAUGAGGACCUGCUGUCCCCCAAGGCCCUGGGCACAGCACAAGCCAGCGACCCCGUCUCGGAGCAAGGCAGCUCAACGGAGGCCAGCACGGAAGAGAAGAGCUUCGCCAGCGACAAGACGGCUGACUCCAUUGCGGAGGAGGACGACGACGUGUUCGUGACAUCCCGCACCACGGAGGAUCUCUUCACUGUGAUCCACAGGUCGAAGAGGAAGGUCUUGGGGCGGAAAGAGCCUAGUGACACUUUUGGCAGCCGGCCCAACUCCCACUCACCCGUAAAGACUUCGGGCUCCCCAACCAGUGAGUCCCCGGUAGCAGCAGGCAGCACCGGGAAGUCUUCCAGCAGGAAUGAAGACUUUAAAGCCCUGCUCCAGAAGAAGAGCAGCAAAACCAGCCCCGGUACCCGGCCAUCUGCUGCUGAACUGCUCAAGACCACAAACCCGCUGGCUCGGAGGGUCAUGACAGAGUUUGCCCCCGAGCUAGAUGGUGCAAACAGCCCCAAAAGCCAGCCCUAACCGUGCGUGGUCCCUUCUGGCCAUGAAGGGCUGGAGAUGGCUGCAGAGGGAGUAUCGCUGCGGAAGGGGUGUCCUGGCUGCCCCGGGUGAGUCCAUGCGUCCCGCUGGGGGUUUUCUUCUGCUUUUGUUUCUUCCUUGGAGAGCCGCCGGCAGAGAGGCAGCGUUUGGAGCCCAAGGCCCUGUGCCUCUGGUGGAGCUGGGCCCUUUCCAGGAGGGAAGAGGCGGCACCGCUGCUGGGACCGUCCCUGGCUGAGCCGGCUCCCGGGACCGAAGGCGCCUGCUCGGGAAGCAGAGCGGGACUGCAGCCCCCGGCAUCGCUCAGCACCCGCAGCAAAGCUAGCUUGAAACUGUUUGGUCACUUCGGCAUGUGGUACUUUAAAUGGCUUUUCUAAUGCACAGUGGUGAUGAUGUUUUAUUCUCUUUCAUUGACAUUGUACCUUGAGUUUCCCAGGCAAAGAUCCCAGGUUUGAGUUUGGCUGGAUACACGGACAUGUACUUUGGGAAGACGUAAGGGGGCUGGCUGGAAUUGAGGGUGCUUUGGAAGAGCCACAAGCGGUUCCCCCUCAUCGUCCCGAGCAUCCUCCCCGCCACACGGGGAACAGGCACCCCGGCGUCCGCAGCCAGCGGCAACGACCUCAAGCCAAAAUCCAGCCCCUCGAAAGCCCCCAAAAUGCUGCAUUUCAGAGCUCCUCAGCUCUCGGUCCAAAAGCAAACCCCAGGGUCGCCUCCGCCGCCAGCCCUGGGGGAGCCUCGCCCCGCCGGCCACACCACACACGGAGCUCCGCCAGCCUCCCCGCUCCCCGCCAGCCUCCCAGCGUGAGCGGGUCCCGCACCAGGCUGUCGACUUCGGGUGAUGCAGGGUGCGGGCGGCCCUGCCGCCGCGGGAAGGAAGGGCUACGGCAGGCCAGCGAUGCCCGGGGAAGCCCUUCCCCAGCUCUGCCUCUUGCAUCGCACCAAAGUACCCUGCGACGGCAUCGCCUGCAAACAUCUGCCGCGUCAGCUGCCGGAGGUCCUAGGUUGCCACCGAGCUGUUGGCCAAACCCAGCCAGACGUCACCUGAGCCACCUCCCAGGUGACUCCUGGGGUCCCUCCGGGUUACCCACCCCUCCGCCUGUGCCCGCUGGCUGCGGGGGAGCUGUGCGAGGCCGAGCAGGAUGCGUGCCAGUGCCAUUGGCAAAGCAGGGGCUGCACCCCGCCGCUGUCCAGGGAGUGCUGUUGGCAGUGCCACCAUGCCCCUGGCACACGCAGGUCCCCCAGCCAGCCGGACCGCGUUCCCCUGAGUGUCCCGUGGGCCGGGACGCACUGCCCAGGUAUGCGGCAGACCCUGCGUGGUGUGUGCCCACCCGCGAGGCUGCCCGUGUGGGUGCUGCCAGGCAGUGGCACGUUCUGCGCCGCGGCGCAGGGGGAUGCGGUGCUGGCACGGCCACGUUGCCCAGCCCUGCCGAAGGGGUGGUUUGCACAUCCCCGGCUGGGGUGCCAGGCCUUGUCCGGGGCACAAUGUAAGGCGCAGGGUGCGAUUCGUCCCCCUUGCCCUCAGCUGCUUCUUCCUGGCUUGGCUCCAGCCUGGGAGCCUCAGCAGUCAGUGACAGAGGCCACAGUGAGGGGCAGCGGGGCAGGGACAGCCGCUGGGGCAAGGGCAGAGUUUGGGAGGAGGGCAGGACUGAGAGGAAACGCCAGCCCUGGCGCAGAGAACGAACACAACCAUGCAGCUGUAGCAAAGGAGAAAGGGCCAGACUGUGGAUGACAAAGAAACAGGGUGUUUAGGAAAACUUCCACUUUAUUUCUUGAUAUAUUUCUGCAAGCUCCGGCAUGCCCCAGCCCUCCUGUGCAGGGGGGGGAGAGCGAUGCGGCUGGGUCCGGGCAGCGGUGGGGAAAGGAAGGCACCACGGCAGCACUACAGCUGCCCCUCUGAGGGGCCAGAGCUGGUCUGCGGGGUCUCUGCACCCCCCCAGGAGCUCUGCACACAGCCUGGCCUGCCGGGGAGCACAGCCCUCUGCGAACACCUCCCCAUCCACACACCCGUGCUGGAUCUGACCAUAAAAGAAGCUCUGCUGUCCUUGCGGUUGGUUCCCCCUCCCCUCCCUCCCGUUACUUGCACAUUGCUCCCUUCCCUCUCCCGGGGUUGCAGAUUUAAGCCUGUAAUUAAGAUCCAGGCUGAGAAACUCAGGAAAAAAAAAAAAAAAAAAAAGCUCUAACAAAUUUCCAUGCUUCAUCUCCAUCCCACGGCAACCCAGCCCUCCCGCUGCUCCUGGGCCCAGCAGCAGGGUGCUGGUGUGGCGGGGAGGGGGCCCUGGGGACGGGAGAGGGAAGCGCUGGGGACGGGUACAUUUUGCACAUGACUGCUCAGGAAACCGGUGGCGGUGGAGGCGGUGGCCAGCGAUGGCAGCCGGCAAAGCGGGCUGGGGACAAGCACGGGGAGGGGACACCCCUGCAAAAACCCAGCACUCCUGGCAGCGAAAGCGGUCAUCCGCUACCGGAUAAGAAACGUCUGGGAGGCCCGGGAUGAAUCCUGGCUGCUGAGCCGUGGGAUGGAGAUCCUCAUUUCCCUGGCUGGAGGAAUGGGCUCUUCCUGGCGAAGCUGGCCAGCUCGGGGCUGAGAGCCGGUCCCUGGCCGCUUGCUCCCUCCUCCCUCCGGCUGUGGAUGCAGAACCCUUUCUGCAGCUGCUUCACUGUGGGAAAAGCAGCUCAUGGUCCCUGGGGAGAGCCCGGCCGGUGGUGACAACCCCCGGUCCCAUCACCCCUGGUCCCACGGGGCAGGGACCGGCCCGCCACGGUGCGUACUUCUGAAUGUUGUACUUUUUAAAUCUCGCCAGCUUGGUAAACUGCUCCCUGCUGA